GAGAGCCAGGUCCCCACUGUAAAAGUUGUCCCCUUGCAAAGAAAGGUUUGCUUGGAUUCUGGUUUCUUCUAUGUCAUCGAUCAUGGAAUCAGUGAGGAAUUCAUGGAUGAGGUUUUUUCCCAAAGCAAAAGGUUCUUUGAUCUACCCAUAAAGGAAAAAAUGAAGCUUCUAAGGAACACGAAGUAUCGAGGAUAUACUCCUGUUCUACAUGAACAUUUGGAUCCUAUCAAUCAAGUUCACGGAGAUUACAAGGAGGUAUAUGAAAUUGGUGUUGAAGCACCUGAAAAUGAUUCUAACGUAGAGAAGCCAUUUUACGGGCCAAAUGUUUGGCUCUCGACAGGUGUAAUAUCUGAUUCUACAAUGGGAUUAUAUGGAGCCGGUGCCCAUUCUGAUUAUGGUUUGAUUACCCUCUUGGCCACGGAUGAUGUUGGUCUCUAA